UCUAUCGGAGUUUAUAUAUAUCAGUGCAACACAUCUAAGCGAUUGCAAUAUACAAGAAUUUAACUUCUAUCAAAUUGAUUUUAGCCAGAGGCAAAAGCUACUAGAAUCGAUUUUGAAAUGAAGAAUCACGUUAAUAACUGAUUGCCAAACAUGUUUCAAAUAGCAUGAAAUCACGUUUGUAGUGAUAAACGCUUCUCCGAUCGAUUUCGACCUCUGCUCUCCCACUCUUUCUCCGACAGCGGCGUCGCCUUCUCUGUUUUCAGUUCCGACGCAAAUCUAGUCGCGUGCUUUUUCCAGAUUCCAAACCAUUUCGUAUCAAAACCAGAAACUGUUCCCAAUUUCAGUAUCUGGAGAUUGCGCCAAAUAUUAAUCUUGAAGUAGAUUCUCUAGUGAAAUUCUUCGUUAAGUUUCACUCUUUUUUUCUUUUUCCUUCAUUUGUUUAGAAAAGCAAAACGAAAUCUAAAUGCCUGAGGUUAGGAUCAUUGCCAAGAAUUUCAUGGACAUGGUGGCUUCAAUGCCUACCAUCAAACUUGAUAAACUCUACGAGAAUGGAUUCAUCUGCGAAGCUAUUCUCAGGUCUCUUCCACCUCUUGCAAAGAAAUAUGUGUUACAGUUAUUUCAUAUUGAUGGACCUGUGCCUGCUAAAUUAUUGGCGGAAUGGGUGCUUCCAGAUGGACUAUCAAAGCACAAAGUUGCCAUUGAUAGAUUGGUUCAAUUGGGAGUUUUUGUUGAAGCUCUUGACAGUAAGAACGGAAAAACUUACAAAGUUAAUCCAACAUAUCAGAGAAGUCUCCAGAAACUUUUAGUACAUGGUGGAACUUUGCCGAGGGAAUCAAUGCCUUCUAAUAUUACUGUGAGGCUCCCAACCUUAGAGGAUCUUGAGACUUAUGCUCUGGAACAAUGGGAGUGUUUCUUGUUGCAACUUAUAAGCCCAAGUCAUGUUGACAAGACCUUAAACAUAAGCUCUUCUUUGAUGAAAGUUUUCCAGCGGCGUCUCCUGAGUCAGAGAGACAGAGAAGCUCCCAAAUUAACUGAAAGUGGUUUCCAGUUUUUGCUGAUGGAUACAAAUGCACAGCUUUGGUACAUCAUCAGAGAAUAUAUCACUAAUUCUGAGGAGAGAGGUGUUGAUGCUGGUGACUUGAUAUCAUUCAUGCUGGAGCUUAGUUUUCAUGUCAUUGGGGAGGCAUAUAAUAUAAACACAUUGACAGAAUUUCAGAGGAACAUAAUUAAGGACCUUGCAGACCUUGGGCUUGUCAAACUUCAACAGGGCAGGAAAGAAAGUUGGUUUAUACCAACAAAAUUAGCAACAAAUCUUUCAGUGAGCAUGACCGAAUCAUCAUCAAGAAAGGAGGGAUUUGUUGUCGUGGAAACAAAUUUUAGAGUUUAUGCUUACUCAACUUCAAAAUUACACUGUGAGAUAUUGCGGUUAUUUUCAAGGGUAGAGUAUCAGCUUCCAAAUCUUAUUGUUGGAGCUAUUACAAAAGAAAGCUUGUAUAAUGCUUUUGACAAUGGCAUUACAGCAGACCAGAUAGUCAGUUUCUUUCGGCAGAAUGCUCAUCCUCGUGUUGCACAGAGGAUACCAGCAGUGCCUGAAAAUGUCACAGAUCAGAUUAGGUUGUGGGAAUCAGAUCUAAACAGAGUUGAGAUGACAGAAGCAUAUUAUUACGAUGAGUUCCCAUCCAGGGAUGUAUUUGAAGGCGCUUGUGACUGCGCCAGAGAAUGGAGUGGUUUAUUAUGGGAAGAUUCAAAGAAGAUGCAUUUGGUGGUCAAGUCUGAGGUUCAUACUUACGUACGAGAUUUUUUACGCCGCCAAAAGUAGUAAGAAAGCUACACAUUCUGAUGCAUUUUAUGGUUAGCAAAUAUGCAAUGGUAACCAUCGGGGGAGCAAUAUGGUCACACCAUUGGCAGACACAAUCAUUUUUCCAUGUUUCAUAUAUUAUUUUGUUCCUUUUAGAAAAAGGUUUUAUUGUAGCUCUGAAAUGUUUUAUAUUUUAUUACAGAAUUACAAAACUAAAAGAUUAUAAUUUUGCGGUACAUAAAAGUAUUACAGAGCUUUUCUUUUUAUUU